UUUUAAAGCGCGGUUCUACACAUCCGACACGUAAAAAUCAAAUUUCUUGAAUGAAAUCGGUCGCGAAAGGCAUCAAAUGUGUUAGGAAACAGUUUGGCGAAGCUUUAUUUGUUAGAAGACAAAGAAACAAACGGUAAUUCUUAGCAUUCUCGACACAAUGGACACCGGUGAAGUGAAGCCAGAUAUAAAAAAAUCGCCUCCCGGAGACGACAAAUAUGGUAACUGUUACUGUGGAAAGGAAAGAAAUCUCAACAUCGUCGAACUGCUUUGUGCCACCUGUAAUCGGUGGUUUCAUGAAUCCUGCAUCGGCUUUCAGCUUGGCCGUUUGGUGCCAUUCAUGAUGAACUAUGUUUUUGUGUGCAAAAACUGCUCCAUGACGGGAUUGGAAAGUUUUCGAAAAAUGCAAGCUUCGAUACCGCAGAUGUGCAUUACCGCCAUAGCAAAUUUGCAGCAAACUGCCGCCAAGGAGGGCAGGAUGCGCACAAUGUUUAGCAAGGACAAGGACAUCAUACCGUACAUGGAUCACUACUGGGAAGCAAUGACCACCAUGGGCCGCCGGUCUACCCAAUCCUGGUAUGGGAAUGUUCAGAGAUCUCUCAUAAAGGACAUCAACACGCUGUUUUCGUACGAGGAAAGUAACGAACAUGGCCAAACUUAUGGGCUAGCGAAUAGUGACCUGAUGCAGAUCAAACCAGCUUAUGAUGAGUCCACCACACUGGCAACUCAAAAUUUCUCAAAAAGCCGGCAGCCGAAACGUAAACUGCCCAAUAAUGAGCAAGGUGGAGCACCGGGCAAGAAGAGUCGACUCGGCGCCGAUGUGGGAGCGAUGGUAAAACUGCCGGCGCAUGGGUAUCCACUGGAGCAUCCAUUCAACAAAGAUGGGUACCGAUAUAUAUUGGCAGAGCCGGAUCCACAUGCUCCGUUUCGUCAAGAGUUUGAUGAAAGCGCUGACUGGGCCGGUAAGCCGAUUCCGGGCUGGUUAUAUCGAGUGCUUUCGCCCAAUGCCGUGCUUAUUGCGCUUCACGACCGUGCUCCUCAGUUAAAGGUAUCCGAGGAUCGAUUGUCAGUAACUGGUGAAAAAGGAUACUGCAUGGCUCGGGCCUCCCAUUACGUGACUAAAGGUUGCUGGUACUGGGAGGCUACGGUUGAGGACAUGCCCGACGGUUCUGCGUGCCGGCUGGGCUGGGGGCAGGAGUAUGCUAAUCUGCAGGCACCCUUAGGGUACGAUAAGUUUGGCUACUCGUGGCGUUCGCGUAAGGGCACCAAAUUCCAUGAGUCCCACGGAAAGCACUACAGUGAUGGGUUUGGAGAAGGUGAUACGUUGGGUUUCCUCAUCACAUUACCACACGCCAAUCAGGCGUGCAAUGCGCCCACCACCUUCAAGGAUCGCCCGUUGGUGAAGUUCAAAAGCCAUCUGUACUACGAGGACAAGGAUCGGGUGAACGAGACGCUAAAGUCUUUGAAAGUGCAACCGGGCAGUAAGGUGCACUUUUUCAAGAACGGCGUUUGCCAGGGCGAAGCGUUCGUCGAUCUGUAUAGAGGCGCCUAUUACCCGGCGAUAUCAUUGCACAAGAAUGCAACGGUCAGCGUAAACUUUGGACCGAACUUCAAGCAUCCGGACAUCUUGAAGGAAUUCAAUGCUCAAGGGAUACACGAUCGAGUGGAGGACAUGAUCUGUGAGCAGACCAUGGCGGAUAUGAUGUAUUUCACCGAAAACGACGGAAAACUUCGUUUAGAUACCUACAGCAUCUGAAAAUUCCCAUAAUUAAUAAAAUAUUGCUACAAGUAGAGAGUUUUAACGUCAAACAAUUUAAUUUUGGUUUAGUCUGCUCUGCAAC